AAUCGUGAAAAAACUUCGUGAAAAUAGUAAGUUCCGCAAAAACGAAAGUACUUCAUCUUAUUUUAUCAUUAUUUCUACAAUCAUAGGAGCUUUAUGAACCAAAGUACAUAUGUUGAGUGGUGAUAUCAGGACUUACUGAUCAGCUGGAGAUUUUUUUCCUGGCAUAAGUGUCAAAGUUCACUCCUACUAUACCCAGGAAUUCUUUGAAUGCUCAGAAUGUGAAUGGUACAAAUCGAUGGACGUGAGUGAGUACCAAAGCAUUGACAACCCAAAAGCAAAUUUACUGGGGUCAGAUAAAUGCAGUUCCUUGAAAGUAGCAACACCAAAUAAAAGCUCAGAGCCAGAUUUGCAAGGAUCUGAUGACUGGUUAACUUUGCCAGGAUCUGACAAAGCUACUACACUGCAAACAGCUAUCCAACCCAAUGAAUCAGUUGCAAAUUUGCCAUUAUCUGAUCAUUCCAAGUCCAUGCAAGAGGAUCUGCAAAAUAAAGAACAUGGGGUAAAUAUGCAGAGGGCAGAUAAAAAGUUGACUUUGUUAGAGUGUAGUCUGUUGAUACAAGCAGCAGAUGCUGGAGAUAAUGGAUCGGAAGGAAAUAUGCCAAUACCUGAUAAAUCCAAGCCCCUUGAAGCAGCAACACAAAAUAAUGAAGCAGGGGCAAACAAACAAUGCUCUGAUAAGCAGUUGACAUUGCCUGAGUCUAGUGAGUGCCAAUCAGUGCAAGCAGUAGAUGUCCAUGAUAAGGGGCCAGAAGGAAAUAUGCCAGUUCCUGAUAAAUCCAAGCUCAUGCAAAGUGCCUUACAAAAUAUCGAGCAAGAGGUGACCAUGGAGAGAUGUGAUAAUCUGAUAUUAACAGGAUCUGACAAGUGCAAGUCCUUACAAGCAGCUGCCCAACAUAAUGGUUCUGAAACAAUUUUGUCGCCAUCUGAAAAGUCCACAAAAGCUGUUCGAAGGAAGAAACAAAGCAAAAAAGAGCAGAGAUCUGGCAAGAGCAAGUCCUCACAAAUAAAUAAGGAAUCCGUCACAUUGACAGCAGCACCAAAGUCCUCUGGACUAGGAGAUGACAGUAGAGAUGUGUGGUCAAAGCUUGGGGCGAUAAAAUGUCCACAUUGCGGACUAGUAACAUCAGACAUAGCUGUUCUAAAUGCCCAUCCGUGUCAUCGAAGGAGUCAACAAGCCUUGAAAAAACGUGCAUCUCCUGUUUCACAUUCUGUGUCAACUGACAGCAGCAGUUUUCUCCUAUCUAAACCAUACUUUCUCUGGAAGUCAUGUAACCCAAAAGCCCAGUACAGUGGCAAGAGAAAAUUGCAACCACUACGAAUUGCAGCACCUGGAGAUUCAUUUGCGGAAACUGUGAUGCCACUUGCUUCCAUAAGUAUUUCUGAACAGCAUGCAGAUGUUGCUCCUAUCACACACUCUCAUCGUUCUGAACAGCAGACAAAUAUUGCUCCUUUCACACCAAAUAUUGCUCCUUUCAGAUAUUUUCAUCUUACUGAACAACAGGCAAAUGUUGCUCCUAUCGCACACUCUCAUCUUACUGAACAGCAGGCAAACAUUGCUCCUAUCACACACUCUCAUCUUACUGAACAACAGGCAAAUGCUGCUCCUAUUGCACACUCUCAUCUUACUGAACAACAGGCAAAUGCUGCUCCUAUCGCACACUCUCAUCUUACUGAACAGCAGACAAAUGUUGCUCCUAUCGCACACUCUCAUCUUACUGAACAGCAGACAAAUGUUGCUCCUAUCGCACACUCUCAUCUUACUGAACAGCAGACAAAUGUUGCUCCUAUCGCACACUCUCAUCUUACUGAACAGCAGACAAAUGUUGCUCCUAUCGCACACUCUCAUCUUACUGAACAGCAGGCAAACAUUGCUCCUAUCGCACACUCUCAUCUUACUGAACAACAGGCAAAUGCUGCUCCUAUCGCACGCUCUCAUCUUACUGAACAACAGGCAAAUGCUGCUCCUAUCGCACACUCUCAUCUUUCUGAAGAAAAUGAUGUGCAGCAGUCAUGGGUAAUAUCAUAUGAUUCUUCUUCUGAUAAAUACACUUGCCAAUCGUGCAAUUACUCACAAACGGGGAACCUUUUCUUGGAGCAUGUACUUUGCCAUGCAGUAGAGAUUCCAUACUCAUGCAUGCACUGUUCCUGUAAAUUCAAGACACGAGAGGACAUUCGAAAGCACUGUAACCAUGAACACUCAGGCUUACCAGCUAGGAGUUCUUUGAAUGGAGUACGCAUCGCCAGAAAUAUUAUGGUGAAAGUAAAGACAUCUGGCAAAGAAAUCUUUCCACUUAAAUAUUCUGAUGCAGAGAAAAUAAGUCUGUUGCCAUCUAAACUUCCAGCUGAAAUCACCUGCUCAGAUUCUAUAGAAAGAUGUGAAGAUUCUCUUGCAGCUGACUUGCCAACAUCAUCCAUAACUUCUGAAUCCACCAGCUUUUCUGUGUCUGCAGUUUCUUCAGUCAGCAGUGGAGCAACUACUGAUUCGCAGAACACUCUCUCGAUUCCACUGAAUGUUUUGGUGUCAGAACCGAUGCCAGAUUACACCAGUAAUGACUCUUGCAAUGACCAAGUUGAUGUCAUAAAAACGACUGUUAACCCCUCUUUGACAAGUAGUCCUACAGCUGAAGACUUGAAUGUUUUGUCAGGAUCUGCUGGGCAAGUGAAAGAUCUUUCUAUCUCCGAAGACCAGCACCAGCAGUCACAAGUUUGUGAACAUUCCCAGGAAAAUGGAACUUCGGUGAAUGCAUGUUUUAUUACAGGUAUUGACAUGCAGAAAAAGUGUGACAUAUCAGAGAAAUGUGAUAACAAAAGGCCAGAAGCAGAAAUGCCUGAGCUACAAAUCUUUUCUUGCGAAGGUAAUUAUGUUGAGCAUUUUGCUGCUGGGAAGCAAACAUCCAUGUGUCAAACAUCAGAGUCAAGUACAGAUAAUCGCCAAUCCAGCAAGAUUUCAGCUAAAGACAAAUGUGACAAAACUACCUUCCAGGCUAACUCUGCUACGAAUUCUACAGAUGAGGUUGAAAAUGAUUUUGACACAGUAUCGCCCUUAACACGUCCAUCUAUCUGCAUGCAGAAUAAUCUUCGUUAUAUUCUUCCAGGGUGUGAGGGUGUUGCACGUGAGGCCCCAGUUCACGCACCUUUGUCCAUGCCAAACCAGCACCUGCCAGUGCUUCCCAGUAUGAGGCCGACUUUAGCCAGCCUUCAACCAUCAGAUAAAAGUGUUAUUACGUCACAAAAGAAUAAUCAGAAUUGUUUCCUUAACAUGGUACCUCACAGAACUGAAGUGUUUUCUCAUGGUUUUCUGCAGACUGCAAGUUUGGUGCCUGUCUCUCAGUCUGUUGCCCCUCCUCAGAGCCAAUACUUGGUGAAUCCAAAUCUGUCUGCUACAAACAACAUGAGACAGUUGCCAUUGAUUAUUAGAAAAAUAUCACCACACCCUACAAAUAUCAGCUUAUUGACCACCGAAGCCACAAGACCAUCUUCUUCAAAUCAACAGUAUUUUUUGAAUGCUAAUCAGAGCCAGCGUCAGCCUGUAAACUGCACUGUGAACAGUAAUGGAGGAACAAUGAGUACUCAGCCUUUUGCAUUAAAUUCACUUCAGAAGAAUCCUUCACCUGCAUUCCAUUCAUCUUGGAUGUUUGACUUAAGAAGACUGCUGGCAUCAAAAGAAAUUCCACAGGCAUCAAGGGAAAGUAGAGGGUUUUUUGUGGCACCAAGUUCCACACAGUCUACAGAAUAUGCUGCUGCAGGAGGAAGCUUACCUGGCAGCACUCUUUAUGCACAGCAUGCAACUCUUCCCGUCAUGAGGCAGCAAGCCAUGACAACAUCUCAAAAUGGGACUCACACAUCAAAUCCUAGUCCAUUUAAUUUGCCGCACUUUGUACCAUCUGUUGUUCAAGGUAGCACAUCUUUAAGUAGCACUUCCACUACAUUUUCAACAACUGAGUUUCCAGUUGCUGGGCUGCAUGUUCCAACAGUUUCGGGAUCUGCUAGUUUCAGUUCUUCAAAUUCAGUACUUGCAAGCAUUUCUUCUGCUAGCUGCAAUCUUGCACCAUAUAACACCCUGCCAGUUAUAGGACCACAGACCAUGACAGAGUCAUCAACUGCCACUACUCCCUCGUUAUCCAUUUCAGUAACUGGUGGAGUGGCUGAAGUUUCCACAGUUUCAUCAGUUAGCACACCUUCAGCUAUUGCCUCUACAGCUGUUUCGUCAGCUGAGUUUACCAGAACUGAGGCACACAUGACAAAUACUUUGCCUUCUUUCAGCUCAUUGUCAUUUAUCAAGAAAGAACAUCUUGAGCCUGAAGAUUCUGUAGAGGCAUGCCCAUCCAUAGCACUUAAUACUGUAGAUACUGCCAGGAUGCCAAACAUCACCUUCAACACUUGACUCUGGUGACUUGCCGGCUAUUCAGGCUCUUAAGA